UUGGGCUAACGAGCGUUUUAAACUCUUUAAACAAAGGAAUCUGGUUAUUUGGAUUAUACCGCGUCUUCCUGCCUGACACCAUCGUGCGAUGUUGUCGUCUGCUCGACAAGUUUAAAUAAAUCAACACCUGAUCGUGGUCAGUUUUCACAUAAUAACACCGCCGCCAUGGUUACGCCGCCAUCGGUGGAACAAACACCCGCCGUCCUUCUUCGGAUGCACGUGCAAGCAGCCGACUUUAGCAGACGGCACCUUGCAUCCUAUUUUUACUCAUCUUCCAUAAAGCACUGUGGUCUACCAGCCGGGCCAGUCCAGCAGUAACAGACAACGCUAAUAGAGAUUCGAUUUCAGGAACAAAGAAGCGACCAUAGACGAGACAAUCUUACUGUUAUCAACCUUAGUAUUCAUCCCUAUAAAACACAGUCUUCAACCACUGGUGCCAGGUCCGUCAGCAUUAGCAUUGAUAGAGACGCGGCUGUAGGAACAUCACGGUGACCAUGUUAUCUGGAACACAGCUGCUAACGGUAGCUCUGUUGUCCGUCCUGAUGGUUCUCCUGGGUAACAGUCAGCAGAUGGCGCCUGAUUUCUCGGACGACAAUUUCGGUGCAGACCCCGGAUGCCAGGAUCCUUGGUCGACGGAGUGGACGCGAGACCAGCAGGACUGCUCCAAGGUUCACUUCUGCGUCCAGGGCAAGCGGUACUGGACCAUCCACUGUAACGACAGCCGCAUCUGGUCCAACGUCGGCCACGCGUGCGUGGAGCCCAUGACGCAGUGGGACGACUGCAACCAGCUCAUGACUACGCCCACCAUCAAUGACCCAAGAUGUAUUGUUCCCACAGGGACGAACCCAGACCCCGAAAACUGUGCCCAGUUCCUCGCGUGUUCCAACCGCACCGUGGUGGCCACCAUGAACUGCCCCGAGAACACGCUCUUCUCCACGCGCAACUACACGUGCGAACUCAGCUACGUGGUCGCCGAAGAAUGCAAAGACCGUCAAAUCCCCAGUCACGUGGUUGUCAGUACCGUGAGACCUAUUAUCGACCAGCCCUGUGAGGGCACGUCCAACGGAGAUGUGCCCGACCCGAGUAACUGUGCCAGGUUCUACAAGUGUAACUACGGCCGCGUGGUGGCGCGAAUCAAGUGUCCGCCCAACAGCGCCUUCCACGAGGAGAAACUCAAAUGUGAUUGGAGAGCAGUCGUCGAGUGCAAUGGCCGCCCUGGACCUUGACACCGGAAACACGUCAUCUGCUGUACUUCCGGUUCCGUCUAUUUUGUUGGUGGUGUUUUGCUGCCGUGUUCAAAAUGAAUUGAGUGCAUUCUUUCUCUGCGGUGUUAUGAACAAUAAGGAACUUUUGAGGAAAUGCAUUGACUUAUGUUCAGAUACGUUUUUUAUAAUAAUAUUGCUGGCUAUUUAUUUAGUGUAUAAGAAUUUAAUGUAACAAACAUGCUGUAGUCAUUGCAUCAAAGCAAGACAGUUUCAUAAUUAAAUAUUUUCAGAAUGUUUUGUACUUCAGAUUUUGGACGGGGAUGGCUGAUAGCUGAUGCUUUAUUCAGUUUUUCUAUUAUGAACAUAAAAACAAUCGAAAACAUUCUGACUUGUCUUAAGGUUGUCUGACAUCAAAUCGGGAGCUUCCUGUUCCUGGUUCAAGGCGUAAAUAUUCACGGAGUAAAUGCAACAAGUAUCUCUGAUUGGUAAUAAUAUAUGUAUCAUUGUUUUUAGUUCUGCAAAUUUUAUUUUCUAUAUCGAAUAAAUUCAUGUACAAUUACUUAGCAUACCAUAAUUGUUGUGAAAGGUACACUGGAGGUUGAAA